AGAAGGCCCUUCGGUAUGAAGUUGGCCGCGCGCGCUGCGGUGCUCUCCGUGUGGCUCUGCCUGCUCCUCGCCCUGGGGGCGGCCGGCCCUGCUGCCGCCGCCACCGCGGGCGAGGGAUGGCCGAUCACCGCCACCACGGACGUCUCGGCGGACGCAGAGACCCUGCAAGAUGACGAGGCGGCGGUCUCGCCGACGCACAUGGUUCCCGACGAGGCCCUCCAGCAGGACGCGCUGGAGGACGGCGUCCUGGACGACCGGCCCGUGUGCACGGGUGACCACGAGAUGCUGAACCGCUUCGCCUGGGAGGACUACUCCGUGCUCGCCGCCAUGCUCAUCAUCUCGGUGGCCAUCGGCAUGUUCUAUGGCUUCUUCAGCGGGGGCCAGAAGACGUCCGAAGACUUCCUGCUUGGCGGCUCCACCAUGGGCACUUUCCCCAUGGCCAUGUCCCUGGCGGCGAGCUUCAUCACGGCCAUCGAGCUGCUGGGCAACCCCGCCGAGAUGUACAGCCACGGCACGCAGUUCUGGAUGACGUGCUGCGCCUUCCUCGUGGUGAUCCCCAUCGCGUCCCGCUUCUACGUGCCCGUCUUCAUGACGCUGCGCCUCACGUCCUCCUACGAGUACCUGGAGAUGCGCUUCAACUGGACGGCCCGCCUCAUGGCCUCGGCGCUCUACGUGCUGCAGAUGGUGCUGUACACGUCCGUGGCCGUGUACGCCCCCGCGCUGGCCCUCAGCCACGUGACGGGGCUCAAUACGUACGUGGCCGUGUCGCUGGUGUACUUGGUGUGCGUCUUCUACUCGUCGCAGGGCGGCAUGAAGGCCGUCAUCAUGACGGACACCUUCCAGGCCGCCGUGCUCAUCGGCUCCAUCCUGCUGAUCCUGGGCAUCGGUGACCACUUCCAAGGGGGACCGUCCGUCAUCUGGGACCUGACCCAGAAGUCCGAGAGGAUCGAGUUCUUCAACCUGGACCCGAACCCCACGACGCGGCACUCGUUGUGGUCCGUCGUGAUCGGCGGCUCGUUCUACUGGCUGUCCAUGUUCUGCGCCAACCAGGCCUCCAUCCAGAAGUACCUGUCCGUGGAGAGCUUGGCGCAGGUGCGCAGCGCGCUGUGGGUGAGCGCCGCCUUCCUCAUCGGCAUCUUCACCGUCAACUUCUACAUGGGCGCCAUCCUGUACGCCGAGUACCGCGACUGCGACCCUGUGCAGAGCCACGUCAUCUCCGCCUCGGACCAACUGCUGCCACUCUACGUCAUGAACGCCCUCGGUCACUUCAAGGGGCUGCCGGGCUUCUUCGUGGCCGGCAUCUUCGCGGCCUCGCUUGGCACGGUGGCGUCGGCGCUCAACUCGCUGACGGCGGUCAUGAUGCAGGACUUCCUCGACGGCGCCCUGGGCAUCAAGGUGCCCGCCGAGCGCGGCGCGUUCUGGUCAAAGUGGAUUUCGGUCAUGUUUGGCGUGCUCAGCUUCGCCCUCGUGUUCGUCGUGGAGCAGCUGGGCUCAGUGCUGCAGGUGGCACUGAGCUUCAACGGCAUGGUCGGCGGCGUGGUGCUGGGGCUGUUCACGCUCGGCAUGUUCUUCCCCUGGGCCAACGCCAAGGGUGCCGUCGUGGGCUCCGUGACCGCGCUCGCCCUCGUGCUCUGGAUCGGUCUUGGCGCGCAGGUGGCCAUCGCCAACAACGCCCUGGACGCCGACCUGGCGCCCACGUCGACGGCGGGCUGCCCCUGCACGGUGAACGCCACAGCCUCGCCGGGCCACCUCAUGUCGCUCGUGACGGCCGCCAGCCAGGACGACUGCCAUGACAGCGUGUUCGUGCUGUACCGCCUGUCCUACCUGUGGUACACGAUGCUGGGCACGGUGGUGACCGUCGUGGUGGGGAUGGCGGUGUCCGCCCUGACCACGUUCCAGGACCCGUGCGCGCUGCACCCCGACCUGCUGGCACCGCCCGUCAGGAACUUCCUCGGCAUGCUGCCCAACUCAGUCAAGGAGCUACUCAACCUGCCCAUUGAGGACAAGAGCCCCAAGGAGCGGAAGGUGUCCAAAAUGGUGGUAUCGGAUGGGGUGAUCAACGUGGCCCUGACCCUGGACGACGAGAAGGGGGGCAGGCUGCACCACGCCCUGGUCGGCGGCCCCAUCUCGGCGCCGCCCAACCCUCAGAACGGCUCCACGGUCCACCGAUGAAGCCGCCAAGCCGCCAAGCCGCGAGCAGCGCGUCGGAAACCCGACGCUGGUUGGGUGCACUUGCAGUUAUUCACUUUGAUCAGUUCAGGAAGCAAGCCGAUGACCGCUGCCUCCCUCCGUUUUUAUUUUAAAAGUACGAUCUACAUUUUAUUUUGAUUUUUAGCUCUUGGGAGGGAUUAAUUUUUGGAGCGCCCGUUCUCACAUGGCAAAUUUUCAGUUAGGGGACUCUACCUUCUUUUAAAAAAAAAUAAGCUGUGAACUGCUUUUAAGUACCGUAAAGGGCUUUCUUAAGAAUUCGGAGUAAGUAAAAUGUGUUUGUAAUUAACACAACGCAGAGAGUUGUUAUGCAUGUACGUACUAUGUUUGUAUUACUGUGUAAGAUAUUCGUUGGCGGUUGCCGGUGACUGCCUACGUUACAGCAUCCCUAACUUUAAGCCCUGUAUCGAUGCUCUCAUCAAUGAACUUGUUUAAUAGAACGUCCUUUCGUAGCUAGCUUCUCUUAGAAAAGGGUGCAUCAAAUUUGUAGAUUUUAUAUUGUUGGAAUUUUAUGUCGAGCAGAAACGAUUUGGAUGUCAAAACUAGAUACAUUGUGCAAUCAUCCAUUAAGCCUUUUUCACGUUUUAAUGUUUAACAAAACAAGUUUCAGGUAUUAUUUUUAGUCGUUUUUAAGAGACCUACCAGUAUUCUUAACACAUCGACCGUUUCUGUCACAAGAUACCUGUCACGAAUUCAUGCUUUUAUUUUUAUAUGAAAACAAUUAAUUUUUAUUGCUUCUGUUUAGAUUUUAUUCUAGUCUUGUAGUGAGUGGACUGACAUCACUCCAAUUACUUUUAUUUAUGAGUCUGUCAAGUUAGUACAAAGCCUAUCUAAUACAGAGUGCUGUUUCCAAGGUUGGUUAGCACUCGGCAAGUCUUGUGCAAUGCUCUCGCAUUACUACGGUACUUUCCUUAAUUAAGGCAUUGUCACUUACUGCUUCAGUUCGGGCGACAUUAUUUAAUCUCGUGCCGAUCUGAACCCUAUUUUGUUAUUCUAACGUUUACUUCUGUUUAAAAAAGGGACCAACACCCACCUAGUGUACUGUAAUGCAUUUUACUUAUACGCCUAUACAGUAUGUGCCAUAGUGAUUUUAUUGAUAUUAAACUAAUUGAAACGAAGGAAA